ACGAGCCGUGUUUAGAACGCGGCCGCUACCUGCGACGGUCACAGCGCAUCAGUGAAAACUAUCAGUGUUGCUUCAGUAAUCCUUAUGCUAAUAAAAGCAUAAAACUCGACUGUCUAAAGCCUUAUAGUCUGAGGAAUUCUGCUUCGCUAAGUAUAUUUUAAACAUCCUCAAUCAAAGGCAAAGAUGUCAGGCAAAGACCGGAUCGACAUUUUCCCUUCGAGAAUGGCUCAAACCAUCAUGAAGGCGCGUCUGAAAGGAGCUCAGACCGGACGCAACCUGCUGAAGAAGAAAGCAGACGCUCUGUCCAUGCGCUUCCGGCAGAUUCUGAGGAAAAUCAUUGAGACUAAGACGUUGAUGGGGGAGGUGAUGAGGGAAGCAGCUUUCUCCUUAGCCGAAGCCAAAUUUGCUGCUGGUGACUUUAGCACUACAGUCAUCCAGAAUGUGAACAAGGCCCAGGUGAAGGUCAGGGCGAAGAAGGACAACGUCGCAGGUGUCACUCUGCCUGUGUUCGAGCACUACCAGGAAGGAGGAGACAGCUAUGAGCUGACGGGUUUAGCGAGGGGUGGAGAGCAGUUGUCCAAGCUGAAGAGGAACUAUGCUAAAGCUGUGGAGCUGCUGGUGGAGUUAGCCUCCCUGCAGACCUCCUUUGUCACUUUGGAUGAAGCCAUCAAGAUCACCAACCGUCGUGUGAACGCCAUCGAGCACGUGAUUAUCCCGAGGAUCGAGCGAACCCUCACAUACAUCAUCACUGAACUGGAUGAGAGAGAAAGAGAAGAGUUCUAUAGGUUGAAGAAGAUCCAGGAGAAGAAGAAGCAGCUGAAGGAGAAGACUGAGCAGGAGAUGGCGCGGCGCCUGGCUGAGCUCGGCCCCAUUGCUGAACCAACCAACAUGGUUGACAUGGAGAAAGACGAGGACCUGCUGUUCGAAUGAGCCUGGUUCAAGCUUCAUCUCCCAGCACACACACUAUUUAUUCUGCGUGCCUACCAGGCCAAGCACGAUGUAUUUUGUGAAAGGCAAGAAAUCACCAUUGUUUUGUGUAUAUGUUGGUGCUUAUUUUGUUUUCAGUUUUGCCUUUUUGGAGAAAAAAAAAGCAUGUUCAGAUUAUAGUAGCUAUAUAUUAAAUAUAAAUAUAUGUACAUUGUUGGUUUAUGCUGCUAGCAAUGACUGUGUUCUCUGUAAGGUUUACUGUCUCUGGUCUUGUUGAGUCUGUGUGAGUGAUUUAUCACUGAUGACUGUAUGGGAUUACCUGAAAUACCAUUCCAAGUCCCUAAGAAGGACAUAACAAUAAGUUCAUUAUGUUAGGAUGUUUUAUAUGUAAUACACACUGUAGUGCAACUCAGAAAGCUGAUGUGGUUGGUACUAUAAACUGUGAUACUCUGCAGUGGAAGCUCCAGACCACUGAUCAUGGUGGAAACCUUUAUGAUCCCUGUGUAUAGUUAUUCAUACAGCUCACUGCAGCACAGUGUCAUCUCACUAUUAAUCCACUGUUAGACACAUGAGAGUGAUUCCUGUGACCCCUGCUGUGCUGAAGUACUUGUAUAAUCCCAUCUAAUCUUGUCUGUGAAAUUCAUUUGGAAUAAAAAUUGUAGAUGUUCA